AAUAAUAUAGUUUGUAUUAAUCAAAAUAUUGAUUUAAGAAAUAAUAAAGAAACUUUUUUUUAUUAAUUUAAAAUAAAGUCCUAAUUAAUCACUAUUAUUUUGAAAAAAUUUCCUAAAGUAUAACAUUUUCAUUUAACGUAUUCUCUUUUCCAAUCCCUAUACCAACAUGUUCAACGUAUUAAAACAAAUUCCCAAUAGUAGAUUUUAUUCUAGUAUUUCAGUAAAAGAUAUUAUAAAAACUCGACGGGUUGGUUGUAAAUUUUUAAUGAAGGGAUGGGCUCGAGCAAUACGUAAAAUGAAAGACAACAUUUUUGUAGACUUAGAUGAUGGAUCUACAUAUCAACGAUUACAAAUAGUAAUACCUAAGAAUAAAAUUGCAGAUACACUUUCAUAUGGAUCUUCAUUUGAAGCUCAUGGUACGUUAGUCAAUAAUACCAAUAAUCAACUUGAAAUAACUGCUGAUUUUAUUACUGUUCAUGGUCAAUGUCCUAUUCAGGAAGGAUAUCCAUUUGCACCCCGAAAAAUUUACCAGUCUGAUUAUGUACGUCAAUAUUUACACAUGAGACCACAAACAGCUUCUUUCAGUAGUUUAUUACGUUUACGAAACCAAUUAUCCAUAGCAACUCGAUAUAGAUUUUCUGAGGAUGGUUUUAUAGAAGUCAAUGUACCUGUACUGUCAUCUAAUGAUUGUGAAGGAGCUGGUGAAUUGUUUAUUGUUAAACCAGAAAAUAAAAAUUUAAUUAAAAGUAUGGCUUCACAUAAACAUCAAUGUCCAUUUGAAGUAUUUUUUAAUAACCAGACUUAUUUAACUGUCUCUGGGCAACUACAUUUAGAAUGUAUAGCUCGAUCCCUAACUAAAGUUUUCACCAUAGGACCAACUUUCAGGGCAGAAAACUCUAAGUCUAGAUUACAUCUAUCUGAAUUUUAUAUGAUUGAAGCUGAACAAGCUUUUAUUAACAACAUAGAAGAACUUUUAAGUGUUAUAGAAAAGACCACUUCAGUUGUAAUAAAAAAAUUAUUAGAUGAAUGUAGUGAAGAAAUAAAUAUUAUUAGAAAAGUUAAUACUAGUUCAAAUGAAUAUGAUAUAAACAAUAUAAUGAAAACCCCAUAUGAAGUUAUUAGUUAUGAAAAAGCAUGUAAUGUUCUUGAAAAGCAAAAAAACUUCACUAAACCUGUUAUAAGAGGCAAACCAUUAACUAAAGAACAUGAAUUAUUUUUAGUUCAAUAUAAUGGCCAAAAACCAAUUUUCAUAAUUGACUGGCCACAAGAUUUAAAGCCAUUUUAUGCAAAAGCAUUACCUAAUAAUGAUUCACUAGUAUCAGCUGUAGAUCUUCUAUGUCCAAAUGUUGGUGAGUUAUGUGGUGGGAGUGUACGCGAAGAUAAUUAUAAUGUUUUAGAAGAAAAGUUAUCAAAUAUUGGACUUCAGAAAAAAUUAGACUGGUAUUUAGAACUAAGAAAAUUUGGUAAUGUAUCAACUGCUGGAUUUGGUAUAGGUUUUGAACGUUUUCUUCAAGUGUUGUUAAAUAUUCAAAAUAUUAAAGACACCAUUGCAUUUCCUCGCUACCCACAUAACUGUAAAACUUAAUUAGAUUAAUUUCAAUACAAUUCCAAAUUUUUAUAGCUAAUUUAUUAAUAAAGUUCAAAGUUAUAAAAUUACAAUAAUGAAAUAAAGAAUUAUUAUAUGACAA